UCUCUACUCUCAUUCCUCGACACCCUCCCCUCCACCACGGAGCUCACCUCCACACACAGCCGCAAGCCUCCUCCUCCUCCCAGCCAGCCAGCUAGCCCAGCGUGCACGUGGCGGUGAUGUCGCAGCCGACCGUGGUGACCCAGCAGCCCGGCGUGCCGUACGCCCCGCGCGCCCAGGAGGAGUGGAACUCGGGCCUCUGCGACUGCACUGAUGACAUGGGCAUCUGCUGCUGUGGGCUGUUCUGUUUGCCGUGCCUCGAGUGCCGCGUGGCGAGGGACUAUGGCGAGUGCUGCUGCUUGCCAUUGUUGCCCGGCACCAGCUUCUCCAUACGCACCGGCAUACGGGAGCGUUACCAUAUCGAGGGCACGGUGUGCCGUGAUUGGGUCCACCUGGCAUGCUGCUUUUCGUGCGCCUUGUGCCAGACUGCGCGGGAGCUCAAGCAUCGGCGCGCGCAGGCGAACGUGGUCACCUACCGCGGAUAAGAGGGCAUCGCCAUCAUCACCACCACCAUCGUCAUCAUCAUGAUUAGCACUAUCAUCAUAGAACAACCAUCAUCAUUACCACCACCACCACCACCUACAUCACCACCACCAGUACCAUCGUCAACAUCAUAAAACAACCAUCACCUUCAUGAUCAUCAUCAUCAUGAUCAUCAUUACCACCGCCAUCAUCAUAGAGCCACCACCAACAACCUACAUACAACAACCACGACUAUCAUCACCACCGCCAUCAUCAUAAUCAUCAUCACCACCACCAUCAUCAUAGAACCACCACUAAAACCUACGUACAACCACCAAGAUCAGCAUCAUCCUGAAACACAUGCCGGGUGGAUGCCGUGUGCGUGGAUCGGGCUUCAAGGGAACACUUCUGCGCACGGGCAGCGGAGACACAAUCACCCCACUCCCGCCCCGUGUUCGAAAAGAGCCCCGCUGAAGUGGCUGUGUGCACACACGCUUCGGAUUUAGUUUUUGGCAUCGAGAUCCGUGAAACAUAUAUAUUGUUGGAAUUAUCCGCAGACAAUUGAGAGCCUCGUGCAGUACGGGUUCACCACGUGGAUGUCACGAGGGGCACGGCACUGACAAUCGGCAAUCGGUGCCUCCCAACAUCCCCACUCCACCGCCACAACUGCAUGUCUAUCUGUCUGUGUAUUUAACUUCUUUUUUAUCGAAAGUAGCCAACCGCGGUGGUGCAGUGGAUAGCGCUACGCUGCGCUUUGAACCUGGCGACCCGAUUUCGAUUCUCGCUCACGGCCAACGCUAGUGACGAUUAUUUGAACCGGUCCUGGGCCUCCCCUAGGUCGACUCAGCCUCAAAAAUGUACCUGGUGCGGUGUAUAAACAUCGCCACGAGGGAGACAGCAGGUCGGGCAUGGUGCUGGCCACCCACCCACCCCCUCGUGUACUCUGCUGGCCUUCAUAGGUGCUACUCGCUAACAGCACUUUCACCAACAGUCUGUUAAGGCUAUAUGGGAGCUCUUUGUCUUUCUGUUGAAAUCCUUUCGUCCCGUGCGUAGCCAAACCGCGCUAAUCGGAGGUGCGGGACAUCGCGUGUGUUUUGUGGCACGCCAACUCUGCACGCCUCUGUGUUAUGCACUUUUAAAUCACCUCGAUUGAAAACGCAUUUCUUUAGAACUGCUUUUGGCGUGUUUAGUUUGUCGUGCUUCCACCCCCCCUCCGCACACCUCCGAUCUAUCACGGUAGGGCUAUGUACGUUGCGAAAGAAGUUCUACUACGUACAUAGGCCCACGCGUGUGUGUGCUGUCGAAUCUGUUUGUGUUUCCGGCAGCCUGAAUGGAUGUUUCCGUUACGAUGGGGCUUUACAGAUUUGCAAGGUUGAACUCCGCAGCCACUCGUCACGUGUAGCCACCACCCCGCAGUUUCCAAAAUGUAGCUAGCCGAUCGUCUCGGCUCGGUCACCCACUGACUCACCGAGAGACACGUAGCCUUACAUAGAGACCCAUCUGAUACAGGGAGCUUCAAACAAAUACCACAAGAAAUGUGACGCCACCGGGCUCUGGAGACCACCUGGAGAAGAUUCCAGGGCAUGUGUUGACAAUGAUGGCGAACAAGUGGAGACUCUUUGAGUUUUCGAAGCUAUGAACAUUACAUUUGUUAUCAUGUUGCAGUGUGUUAUCCAUUAAAAACAAUAGCCCAUGUAAGCGUUAACAUUGUUUUGAAGCACCAAGCAUAUAUGGAGAGGUAUAAACUCGCACACACGCACACAUUGAGUUGUCACCACUCAGACUCAUAGCCACCACUCUGCCCGUUGAAUUGUAAUUGUCUUCAAGAAACGAGACGCAAUAUGUGGCAAUGUGGCUGCUGUCGCCGCUGUUACUGCGUUGGCAGUGGUGCACAACCACAAACCCUCAACACGCUCGUCAGAUACAACCCUGUGACCCCGAAAGGAACACAGGAUGUCGAGGUGAUGUGUGCGGUUGGGCUUCUUUCACGCACCGUACGUGAGCCAACCGUGCCAAUAGGUGGUUGCGACCUAUGGGUCUUGAAGGGCCAUCGUCUAAAAUAAUCGUGCCGGCGUGUGCGUAAACCGUAAGAUGCAAAACGGCUAAGGCUAAAGAUCCCGCGUUUAGCGCCGUUGGCAACGUACGUUGCGACAGAAGUUCAACAUACAUACACAUCCACACACACACGAUUUACUUAGAAACCUUUUUACCGAGCCGUUGUGCCUACCCCCCUCCCUCCGUCACGGUCUAAUCUUUUGCCGAAUUAUUACAUUUAAUAAAAUGACUCCAUUUGGAAAUCGUUGACUCAAUUCUGCGAACGCCUGUCAGGAAACCCUCCUGCUCGAGUCUUGAGGCUCGUGGAGGCUUUACUGCAGGCUAAUCGAGCGGAGUGAUGAACAAUACCAUGUUUUCUUUUAGGUCGGUGUGAAUAGUGAAUUUAUUGCUUUUUUUAAUUCACCAGGCAAGGCCCGCUGAGCUGUGUAGCUCUUCAUGCAGAAGCGACCUGGCUGUCACAAACAAUAGCUCAACGAAGUGGCCGAUAUCGCCAUGGCGCGUAAAUGUAUAGCACGAGCUAAAUAUUCGGAACGAGUGACGUAAAUGUAUAGCACGAGCCAAAUAUUCGGAACGAGUGACGUAAAUGUAUAGCACGAGCCAAAUAUUCGGAACGAGUGACGUUGAUCCACGCGACCACGGAGAGAGAGACGCAAACUCCAAUUAUACAGCAGAAGGCAUCAGGGUCGGGAUGGAACCCACGACCUCCUGAAUACCAGGCGAGGUAGUUAACAUCUCCUAGCCACCGUGGUCGCCACGGAUUCCCCUCAUUUGCCCCGUUUGUACCGUCUCGUUCGUAUUCAUUGCGUGUUUAAUCUCGCCUGGAGUUAAGUUCGCUUCCACGGCUCGCCAAAACGAAACGGUCACGCGUCAGAUCGGACGAGUCGUAAACGAAUCAAUUUCUUUGUUUAUCUAUCGCCAGUGUAAGAAUGUAUUGAGAAUCAUCGACUUGUUAUGACUUGCCUAUUGUAUCGCGCUUUUUUGUUGCAUAACGUGCACCGAAUUCCCUUUGGCGCGUACACUGAUGAUUGCGGUGUACACUGAUAAUGAUUACGGUGUACACUGAUAAUGAUUACGGUGUACACUGAUCAUAUUUACGGUGUGCUUUCAGUUGCUACUUUGAUUUUUGAGUG